AUGCUGCUGUUGCUGACCUUGGCUGUCCUUGCUGGUGCCACCUGCAGAGCCCAGAAUAUACUGGGCAAUAAAGUCGGCAGCUAUUUCUACAUUCAUGGUGAAGAGCAGGGGGAAAUCAAGGCCAUCCGGAUCUUCUAUUCACUAUUAAGACGCCUCAAGGGCAUCCAGCUGCAGUUUCAAAAUCACUGGAGUAAUGUUUAUGGAGGCCAUUCAACAAGUUAUGAAGAGUUUCAUCUGAAGGAUGGAGAGCAUGUAAUAAAGGUUCAUGGCAACGUGGGAAUCUGCCUGAACUCCCUGACCUUCAUUACCAACAAGGGGACUGAGUUUACCUUUGGAAAAAAAGUGGGCCAGUCAAUUGAGGCAAGUGGAGGUCCUGACCAGCAUCUACAGACUGUCAAUGGCAUGUACUCACUCCUCUGCCUCCGUGGGAUAGGCUUCAAAUGGACUCGUGGACCAGAGAAGCCUCAAAGAGAACCAACGACCAUCCCUGACCGAGCCAUGCUGCUGUUGCUGACUUUGGCUGUCCUUGCUGGUGCCACCUGCAGAGCCCAGAAUAUACUGGGCAAUACAAUCGGCAGCUAUUUCUACAUUCAUGGUGAAGAGCAGGGGGAAAUCAAGGCCAUCCGGAUCUUCUAUUCACUAUUAAGACGCCUCAAGGGGUGA